AUGGCUCCCGUCCCGGAGGCUUAUUUCCCGUCCCUGGACAAGUGCUUUUCCGGGGACAUCCAACUCUUGUCUUGGAGAAGAGCAUUCCUGUAUACUAAUAACCCCAACGCACACGUCGAUGACGAAAACCAUGUCGCUGCCUUCCUAUCGCAUCCCGAAAGCACUCGGCUCCUGUCUGGAAGCUUGCACUCUUUCCCGGGUCCUUCCAAAGCAUUGAAGGGCGACUUCGAUUCGAAAACAGCUGCAAUAAAUGUCGAGACAAACUCUAAAAGCUCUUUUGAUCUGAACGAGAUCAAGGCGGACGCACAAUGGCUUAGUGAAAAGGCCAAAAUCGACGAGAUCACGGCCCUGCGCAUCACGAUUCUUGAAUGGCAGAACCGUCCGGCAACGCGCUUGACAACAACUUUUUCCAGCGAGGAGGCUACAAGCCUGCAAAGUGCAACAGGCACUGAUAAUCUUCGUGUUUCCGUGGCAGGCCCAAAUUUAAACAGCAUUCUCAAACAAACUCCGAACGAUGGCGGUGUCUCCUCAUUCGACUCGGAAACAAACAGGCGGUUGCGGCUACGAAGUCUCUAUCUAUCUGAGAGAAGCCACCUUUUGAAGACAUUUCGCAAGCUCCUAGUUCUGUCUUCACAUGGCUCGUUGACCAAUUCAAUCCAGCCCACCAAACACGAAAGCGAAUUGAUUGAUAUGGGAACAACACUACUCGCGGAGAAGUCGACUGGAGGUGGAAUGCAUCCAUUUAUUGAAGAAUGCAUCAAGGCAAUCCGUGAGAGGUUGGAGGAGUUGGAGACCAACGGCUCCUGGUUGGGAACAGAGGAAAGCAAUAGGGAAACAGAAGAUAUCUGGAGGACGACUCUUGUUGAAGAGAUCAUUCAUAUCCUACAGAUCAUGUUUCACCAACUUCGCGCAUGCGAAGAAAUACCGACAGGGGAACUUUUUGUGUCUUGGCUCAAACUCAUGGCAGAGUAUGACUUCUUGGAGAUAUUACAAGUGCCAUGUGAGCAACCGAUCGAGGUCUUGUUGCCUCUUCAGUCCUUUGUGUUAUUAACCACCUUGGCCUUUCUAAACCUCCCUCGAGCUAUCACUUCCAUCAUAAACCAGCAACAUUCACAGAAGACCUCAUCUGGAAAAACGCCCUACUUCCUUGCCAAAGAUACAAUUUCUCAAAUCAACGAGAUUCUUCUGAGUGCAUGCUCUCGGCUAAAUACAGUCAGGCCCGCUGCAUUCUCAUGGGGGUUGAUCUUACAUACGCUGAGCGAGAUAGCCGUGAAUGACAAGGAAAUCCGAGAAAUGGAGCAGUUUCGCAAUGCGGUCGAUUCAUUCAAGUCGAACACCCAAAAUACUGGCUUUUCACAGUCCUCAGAACCCUCUGUAUACGAGAAGCUACUCGAGGCUGCCCAAACACCACAUUUUACCGUGGAAAAUGCUGUCAACGAGUUAACAUCCGAAAGACUUAGAGAAUUGGCAUUCGAGCAGAUCAUUACUGUAUCCACCAAAUCCGGGUUGAUGUCUGCAAUUGACGAUGGGUUAACUAGCCAAUGGAUUCGUUUAACAUUCCUUGACAUUAUCCAAGCUGCUACAAUGUACUUGGAUUACUCGCCAGAGAUCUUGGAGUCGGUACUGGCUAUCUUGUCAGGCACCUCUGAUGGCUUGUCAUGGGCCCCAGCAAGCUCUUUAGGAUCUGCUCAUGACCCUAAAUCCGUUUUCGCCAACGAUAAUACCUUGAUGACCAAAAUCUUUCGCAUCGCCCGAUCUCGCUUCCCUUACGAAACAGUCCCCUUCCUCAAACUCUGCCGCGCUCUGGUAAGCGGUGAUUUUAUCAACGACGAUGGGCUGCCUGAUAUUCUAGAGGAAAUGGAAAACAUGGACACUUUCACUCAGAUUGUUCCGACGUCGUUUCAAGGAUAUGAGACAAUCCGUGAGGAUGAGAAUGCCGACCUUGUGUCUCUCACUCGCGCUCUUCCAAUGUUUGAGUCUAGUUCUCGCAAUCGCCUGCUGGAACAUGAGACGAGCAGCGCUUUGAUCAUAAGCGGCUCGUCAGAAAUUCCAACUGCAACUGUCGGCCAAGUCAUCUCUGAAUCAAAACCUGCGGUCAUCAUGUGGCAGCAUCAGUACUCAUUUUUGAGCUACCUUGGAAGUUGGUUGGAAGAAUGGAGUGAAAGCGGCGCUCAUUCCUCGGGCUGGGAUUUCGAGACUGGGACUGAGAUUAUCGGGCUCCUGGCAGAUCUUGUUGCGAAUGCCAAAGAUGUCCGCACGCAUAGUUCACCAGGUGCAAGCGCCAAAAGGAUUCUGGAAAUGGCCAGCGACGGACUUUCUCGACAAGGCGAUAUUAUCUCGGUUAUUCUAGAUAUCUUCGAGCGCAACCUACAAAGCAUUGGAUCCCGAGCUGACUCUCUGAACGGAUUGGACCCGAUCAUGGCUUGUUUGCUGUUUAUCCAGGAAGUCCUCAAGGUGAUCCCAAGCCGAAUCUGGCCUUUCCUGAGCCGUAGCAGCUUCAUUGGGUCGGAUGGUAAAGGUGGAGUGAUGUCCGCAAUCACAUCGGCAAUGGAAAUUCCAGCUGGAGAAUACCCAUUUCUUCUGAGCUGUGUGAAGCUUUUCGAGGCAACUGUGGAUGAUGCUGCGUCCCGCGCAGUGUUACGAAAGAGCCCCGGCAGUGUUGCGGGCAAGUCCACCAUUGCCUCUGACUGGAGUGCCGGCAUUCCCUCCCAUGUCAUGCGAACCAUUCUCUUGAACUUUACCCGGGUGAUGGCAGAGAUCUUCAACAGCAAUGGAAACUGGAGAUUCAAUUCCCCAGAGCAGCGCUUCCAAAUCAAUCGAAUUCUGGCAAAUUCGUUUGAUCGGAUUUUGUAUUACGCCUACGGAGUCAAUGAUACCGUGAAAUUGGAAGCCAAGAUCUCCGGAGUCUUCUCUGAGUCUGCAGUCUAUCUCCUGGAUAUGCUACGGCCUAAGUCUACAGCUGACUUGCCUUUCAACCCAAUUCUCCGUCUAGUUUCGGACGGCCUCCAAACGCCGCCGACGCUCCACCUCCGCUAUCUUUCUUUGGUUGAGAAACAAGUCACAUCUACAUUGGACCUUUGCAUCAAGCUGGUCCAGGCGGCGCGCCUUGCAGAACAGCCGGCAUCCCUUCUGGAGGAGCAGCUGUUCAAAGCGACACCAGUGCUGGUCAAACUUUAUGCACUGCAUGAUAACUAUCGACUGCCGGUCGUGAAAUUGCUUGAGAUCCUUAUCACCACAGCUGCGGCAGACCCAGAUAACGAACCUCCAUCUCUUGUCGGUCAUCUGGGUGCCGAAUCAUCCUGUCUAUUCCUCGACGUUCUCUCUCAGCUUGACAAGCCGAUUACUGAUAAGACCCUCCUGCUUUCAGUGUGGGACUUAUUGUCCACCUUUGUCAGCAAGCGUCAACAAUGGCUGGCAGUCUUUAUUCUGACUGGUGCUUCUCCUCGUCAGACUUUGAAAAAACUAAGUAAGACAGAUAGCCCUGGUAUGAGAGGCGUACCGUUUUUGCGAAUGGCUCUCGAUAGAUUGUCCACUAUUGAGAACGAAGAACCUCAAGUGGCUUUAGCACUUCUGGAGUUUGUCUCGCGGGCCCAAGAAAACUGGCCUUGGGCCACGCCCCAUCUGAAAAAUCACUCGUCAUUCUUCAACAGCAUCGUGAACUACGUUUCAAAAUUACAAAUCUCAUCACUUUCUGUGACGAAUCAAAUUUUUGCCACACGGAUUGCCGCUGUUGUCGCCGACAUUUGUGCUGUCUAUUUGCAUUCGGCGAAGGAAUCAAAUGAUUUGAGUUUUGUCAAGACAUUGAUUCCUCUGGUUCAAUGGUACGCUAAGGAUGCAGUAGAGGUCUCAGCCUACAACUCAUCCUUGCAUGCCAAUUUGAAAAAGAAUUUUGAAAUGCGGUACUCUGGCUGUAAAGUGGUUGAUUUCAAGAGGACUCCUCUGGAGAAUCGCACCCUAGGACGUGAUUACUACUACGAUCUUACCAUGGGACAAAAAUCACUAUCUUACGACUUUGCGUGGGCUGGAUCUCGAAAGGACGGAUUUCUUCAGGAGUUUGAGCGUGCCAACAUCAACCUCUCACUUGUUGAAGCGCAAGUGUCUCUCCUCAACAGUUGGAAAUUCUUUGCCAUUGAGCACUGUGCAGACUUCAUGCCAGACCGUGAGAUCCAAAAAUCCAUGGCUGUGGUGGCCCAGAACUGUCUCGAGGCAAACACCCGCAGUGUACCCCCAGAAGCUAUCUUUGAACGUAUCCAACAGGUACGAGUAGACUUUGCUCAGGCUCUUCUGCAACGGUUAGUGGAGGUUCAGGCCCACGGGGCGGAGGCUUUUCGAUUACUCGAUGUUGUUUACAGAACACUGCGUUCCCGUCACCGGACGUAUGAAGAGGCUUUGAUCAGUGACGAUACAGAGCAUUAUCGAUCUUUGCUGAAUAUUUUGUUCUUGGCUCUUCAAUUCCACUUGCCAGGGCUCAAUCGUACCAAUCCUGAAGCCCUCAACAAACAGACCGCUAUCUCAUCUGACGUGAAUGUGGUUGUGGAGAUUGUCAAGACAGUUGUCGCGCAAGGCUUCAAGUCUCUCACCACCUACCUGCAUGAGCAGCCGGAAAAAUGCACACCGAAGGAUUUCGCUAUCAUUAUUGCCAUUUUCCAAACCUGUCUGCAGGUGAAGAAUGCGGACCGGUUCUAUGAACACAUUGCCUUCCAAGUUGAGGACAACGACAUCGCACGCCAUGCCACCACUUUGUUCUCCUGGGCUGAUCAGCUGGCUGUGGCCGGUGACCCGAUCUAUGGCGAACUCAGUCUCUCGAUCCUGGUCAAGAUGUCCACCCUGCCCCUGUUGGCGGAGCAUCUCGCCGUGGAGGCCGUCUUAAUGAAGUUGUCGACAUGCCGUCUGACCAAUAUCCUGCGCCAACCCAAGGGCUUCGGUCCAUUCGACCCCAUUCCCCGGCUAUAUACCAUCUGGACGACUGGAAUUCUUCCCUUAUGUCUGAACCUGCUUUACAAUGUCGUACGCGCCGCUCCCGAGGUUGCCGCCUUCCUCAACCAGUUCGAAGGACAACUGAACCGUGCUGCCGAGUCCUUCUCGACUCCCCAUGCAACCGCAUCCUCGGUCCCGUCCACUCAAUGGAUCAGCCUGAGCAUGGCUUCUGAGACGUAUUCGCUGUCUCUCAUCUCCUUCAUCCUGAAUAGAUUCCGUGAGGCCGGUCCCAGCGCUGGACUGGACUCCCACUCGAUCCAGGAGCUGCGGUGGGAUAAGAACCAGGUCAAGGAAGAUAUUGAAGAUCUCCUUGGGCGCCCUGCUGUCUUGCGCACUCGUAUUGUGGCAACCAACGAGAAGGAAGUUGAAUGGUCGCGGCAGAAGCCAGCGGACUCUGCAUCGGGUGCCGAGACCCGACUGGAGGAGAAGGUUAUUGCGGAGCUGAAAGCAGCCGUGGCAUGUUUAGGUGGAGAGGAGGAAUCAUGA